AAUCUACCAUUUACUUUAUCUAUGGUCGUGAUCUGUCAACGGAAACUGCCAUACCGACUACAAUUUCAACCAUCAAAAUACAGCAACUGCAUAUCUGUGAUAAAACUUUACUCUCGGCAGACUCUGUCAAAUUAACAUUAAUUCGAAAAUUAGUAACAACAAAUUAACAGUUAAUUACAAUUAAGACAAGAUGCCUGUACCCGGUGGAGUUUACCAGCAACAAGGCCCCUCCUGCUUGGACAAAAUGAAAAUGGGCUUCUUCCUAGGCUUCUGCGUGGGCAUGGCCAGCGGUGCCCUGUUUGGAGGCUUCUCAGCGCUCAGGGGUGGAAUGAGAGGGAAGGAACUUGUAAAUACCGUCGGGAAAGUGAUGCUUCAAGGUGGAGGAUCUUUCGGAACAUUUUUGGCAAUAGGAUCUGGUCUCAGGUGUUGAUUAUUUUGUAGAUCUACAUAGAUGCAUCAUCUAUCUUAAAUCUAGUUGUUAUUAUGACUGUAACCAUUUUACAAAUUAUAUAAGCUGUUUUUAUUAUUAUUAAAUAAAUUUGUAAUGUUGAUAAGCAUAUUUUUAUUAUAAAAAUUUAGGCUGUAUUCAAAAUGGUUUAUGUAAGACAUUCCAAGUAGUUAAAAAAUAUUAACUAGCAUAAUUUUACGUUAAAAUUUACAUCAACUUUAAACCAACUAUUAAUUUUUUCAUUAUCAGAAGUAUUCACAGUAUUAGAAAACCCCUUGUUAGCUGGUUGAAACACUAUAUUAGUUUUUAAUAAAGUAAAUCUUGGUUUAUUUAAUAUUUGUAAAUGAAUUCUUGAUCUUAGCCACCUAAUAAAGUAUUUUAAAAUUAAAAUUUUUCAUUACAUUUGUUAAUUUACUAAAUUAACACAUUUUUAAUAAUAAAUCUAUCUACAGAUCAAAUUAUCUAUGAGAAAUAAAUUAUUUAAUGACAAUUAGGAAUACUGUAAAAAAUAAUCAGUAAAUGUCAGUAAAAAGUCAUGCAAAUUUCAAGCAGAAACUCUUCAUAUAUACUCAUAAUAAAUGCCUAGAGCUAGGAGACCCAACCGAAAUCCAAACAAUGGCAAGACAACAUCAGGUAGAUUAAUAACACUUUUCAUAAUGGGUUUCGUGGUUGGUUUCAUCAGAGAGACUUUAUUGGAUGAACUAAAUCUUAGUGAUUUCAAAUUAACAACUGAAACUUAAAUUCGUCUCUUAGUUUGUAAUAUGCUUUUAAUACAAUAAAAUAAUCAUAACAUUUAAA